AUGAAUAGUAAAAGUAAUUGGUAUCUGGUGAUAAUGACACUACUACUUUGUUGUCAUUAUCAUAUUUCACUAUCAAAUGCACAACAACAACAACAAAUCCUGCCCGAUGAUGAACUUCAAUCAGCUAUUUUCCUAAUUCAACAAUACGGGAUACCAGUACCAAAGAAUCAGUCUCUAUGUGAGCCAAAUACAAGAUUUGUUUGUAAUAACGACACAUUUGAUGGACGAUAUCGUAUCGUUGAAAUUAAUUUCAAUAUCUAUACUCGAACCGAUGGUGGCAGUCCCUCAUCAACUUUGACAUCAUUGACAUUGCCUGCUUUGAAAAGGGUUGUCAACAGGUCAAUCAAUCUGCUAGAGUUGUUCAAAUCUGUCAAAAGUUUGAAUUCAAUUUACUUUGGGAAUGAUGCAUCGAUCAGCUACCUUCCAAGCGAUUUUAAUAACUUUCCUCAUCUUACAAGUUUUCAAUUAACCCUCAACCAACCAUUAAUAGUACCUCUUACCUUUCUAAACAACUCUAUCAAUCUUCAAUCAAUCGACAUUCAAUUUCCAAUUCAAUCUAUUACGAUUGACGAUUCUCUCUACUUUCCUUCUCUCACCUCUUAUACAUUUCAAUCCAAUUGUACCUAUGGAUCACAUCAUAUCAAUGUAACCUCUAAAUCAUUUCCAAGAAUUGACAAAUUUGUUAUUAAUACUCUUCACGGAUCGAACACGACGGUCUACUUUAAUCUAGAUCCAAGUGGCACCGUAAAAAAGAAAAUAUCUAUCACUGGACGUCAAUCGACAAUAUUACCAUCGCCUAUUUCUCGUGAUGCUUCAUUAGGCAUAGGCGAUAACAGCAUCCAAAAUUUCACAACAAAUUUGCCAGACACUUUAAGGAGUUUGGUUAUUGAGAAUAAUGCCAACUUUAAAGGCCCCAUUACUGAAUCAUUCUGUGUAUUAACUUUUUUAGACAUCCGUGGCACUGCAGUUUCAUCACUACCAGCAUGUUUCUGGUGCUACCAAGGUUUAUUUUUAAAUAUCUAUCUACCGGCAGAUUUUGUGAAACCUGUCGGAUUUACAAGUUGUCCAAUUACCAAUAAGAAUAUUGCUACUAUUACUGGUACCAACAUUGGAUAUGGAUCUAUUCAAUCACAAUAUUAUAUCAACUCGAUAAUACCAAACCAAAAAUUGAUAUUCAAUUAUACAGAUGUUGUAACUCCAGUACCAUCUAUUCCAACUCUAAUUACAAUCAAUUUCAAUCCACACACAGUACAAAUGAUGAUUGUCAAAGGUUAUAAUCCAUAUUUUAAUCACACAGUAACAAUUAAUAAUAUUACAGCUUGCACAAAUAUAACAAAUAUUGCUUCAAACCAAUUCCAAUGUACAACACCUCUUUUAUCGAGUGGAGAUCAUCAAUUAAUAGUUUCAAACUCAUACGUGGAAUCACAGGUACCAUUUACAUUUUAUUCACUUGCCUAUCUCUGUCAACAAUCAACCAAUAAUUGCCAUGGGAAUGGAAAAUGUAAUAUUGAUGGAAUAUGUAUUUGUAAUAGUAAUUCAUUUUAUAAUAAUUGUUCAAAACACAUCAACACAACGAUCACACCAAAUACAACGGAUCCUACAUUAGCAUUUGAUAUUGAUGGACUUGAUUUUCUAUUUGAAAUUGUAUCGAUUCAAGAAUUGGAUUUAGAUGAUAUUAUUAUCAAGGAGCUAUUUAUAUCCAAUUACACUUGGAAUGUAAAUGCAUCCACUAAUAAUCACACCACUAUUAUCAACUAUCAAUUGAAUACUUCAUCUUCCUCUUCAACAUACCAACCAGCCCAAGUACUAUCAACUAUAUCAUUCUCAACACUUGCAAGAACGGUUGAAUUUGGAGGGCAACAACUAUUGAUCAAUGCCAACUCUAUCAAACUAGAGGUCAAUAUCAGCAAGUGGCAAUACUCAUCAAACCUAUCAACACUUCGAGUUGUAUUCAAAACAUUGAUCAACAACAACCAAUCUAUCCAAUAUGAUUGUAUCGACAAAGAUAUCUCAACAUUUAGUUAUGAUUCAUUGUCAUCGUUGCAAUAUCUCAGAGUAGUCAAAGAUGGAAUCCAAUUCAACGGUCGAUUCAUUGAUGUUGCAAUGUCUGAUGGAAGACCAACCUAUUCACCAACCCAACUCAUAUCAUCAACACCAAUCAACGAUGAACAAUCAAUUGUCAAGAUUGGAAUUCUUUUUCCACAAUGUCAAGAGUGUAUACUCGAUCCAGAUUUCAGUGCAUUGAUUAUCAAUCCAGAUGAUUCUGGUAAAUGUGACUCAGUAUCAUUAUCAGACAUCAAAUGGAAGAUCAUUAUGAUUGUCGUUUGUGUAUCAUUUGUUGUAGUCUCUAGUAUAGUGGUGAUUGUCAUAGCUUUAAAAAAGAGAGCACAAUCCAAAAAGUUUAAGGAAAAUCUACAAAAGAGGUUCUACCAAUAUGGUUUCAAUCCAAUCGUACCAACAACUGAUCACUCCAAAACAUCAUAA